GUCGAGGGCGAGAAGCGGUGGACGCUGCACGCCCCUCCGGCUCCGGAGCACGUGCUGCCGCGCGACCCCUCGCCCGACUUCGCACCCGCCGACCUCGGCCCUCCCCUCGCGAGUGUCGCGCUCAAGCCGGGAGACCUGCUCUACCUGCCGCGCGGGACGGUGCACCAGGCCUUCACGCCGGCCGGCGGCGCCGCGUCGCUCCACCUCACCGUCUCGAUCUCGAGGCGGCACACGUGGCGCGACUUGCUCGAGCUGGGCCUGGCGGGCGCUCUCGAGGAGGCGGCGGCCGCCGACGUGACUUGGCGGCGCGCGCUCCCGCGCGAGUACGAGUCCUUCAUGGGCGUGCUGCACUCGGACCGCGCCGACGCGCGCCGCGCGCAGUUCAGCCAGAUGGCGCACGGCUUGCUGCAGCGGCUCGUCGCGUCGAUGCCGCUCGACGCCGUCGCCGACCACUUUGUGACCUGGACAGGCCGAGGCUGGAUGUACGACCGCAUGCCGCCGCACGCGACGCCCGACGACGCGCGGCGGCUUGCUCGCGCGGGGUCCCUCUCCCUCGCGUCCAAGGUCCGUCUCCGCUCGCGCUCCGCCGCUCGACUCGCCGUCGAGGGCGACGUGGCGGUGCUCUACCACCACGGCACGAACACGCGCGCCUACCACGAGGUGGAUGAGCCGCAGCACAUCGACUUCGACCUCGACGCGGCCCCUGCGCUGGAGCAGCUGCUCGCGUCGUACCCAAAGUACGUGCGUGUGGGCGCGCUGCCGUGCGAGACGGCCGCGCAGCGGCUCGACGUCGCGAACGCGCUCGCCGAGGCGCAUCUGAUCCUAUUGAAGCCCGGCGAGCGGCCGCCGCCCGCCGCAAAGCCGAAGCAAAAAGCGGGAAAGCGAAAGCCGGGCGCGCAGUGA